AUGAUACUCAUAUUCGAGCAGUUUUUGGACGCCCAACGGAUACACAACCUCGUGACGUACCUGCAGGAGCUGCAUUCUCUCGGGUUGGCCAACUCGGACCACACAACGCUGCUUCUCAAUACCUACACGAAGCUCAAGGACGUCACACGCCUUGAUCGCUUCAUCAAGUGCGAAUCGCUGGGCACGUCCCCCGACGGUGGAAAGGACGAGUUGCCGUUCGAUCUCGAUACCGCUAUUCGCGUGUGUCGCCAGGCGGGGUACUUCGAGCACGCCUCUUACCUAGCGAAGAAGUAUGAACGACACGAAGAUUACCUGCGCAUACAGAUCGAGGACGCGGGCAACUACAAGGAUGCACUGACUUACCUUCGCCGACUGGGCGCUGAAGCUGCGGAAAGCAACCUGGCACGGUACGGGAGAGCGAUGCUGGACAAUCUGCCAGACGAGACGACCGAUCUCCUGAUCGACAUCUGCACGAGUCUGACACCACUCUCGAUCGAGGCAGACGAAGAGGAGGCUGCUCCUGCCAAGCAGUCUGGCGGCGGCACAUCAUACCUUUUCUAUCUGACGCUGAACAGGGCAUCGGUCGCCGAGCCGAACACACAGACCAACGGGACGAAGGCUCCAGAGCCCAUCGUCCGACAGGACUCCGUGCAUGAAGCCUCUCAGGCGUCGACACCCCCACCAGCCACGCCUACUACUGCGACUGCCGCCAAGCAGCUUGCAAGCAGCGUGAAGCGUCCGUCCCCACGGCUCUACUUCGCACACUUCGUCGACCAUCCCGAGCACUUCGUACGCUUCCUCGAGAUCGUCUCGCGCAAACGGUGGGGCCAGACCGUUGAGAACACGUCCGAGCCGCUCGCAGUCGAGGCCGACCCGGACGCAGACAUGCAGGCGGAGGCGCGCGACCAAGCCACGGUGUGGAACACGCUCUUCGAGCUAUACCUCACGCAGAACGCGCGGCUGCCGUACGACCCGACGCACGCUCAUAUCCUGUGCUCGACAGGCGCGUACACGCCCGGGCUGGUGCUGCUGUGGGAGCGCAUGGGCAUGCAGGAGGACGUGCUCCGGUUCUUCAUGGACCGCGAGCUGGCGGGCGACGUGGGCGCGAGCGCGGAGGUCGUCCGCUGCUUAGACCAGUAUGGCCCUGGGCGGCCGCAGCUGUAUCCGCUGGUGCUGCGGUUUUUUACGAGCACCCCGGCGCUGCUCGCGAAGCAUAGAGAGGACGUGCGGCGGGUGUUGAGGGUGAUCGACGAGGAGAAGUUGAUGCCUCCGGUUAGCGUUGCGCAGGUGUUGAGCCGGAACAGCGUGGCGAGCGUCGGGCUCGUGAAGGAGUGGCUGAUGUCGCGCAUCAAGAGCGCGUGGGAAGAGGUCGAUACGGACCAGAAGCUGAUCGUGUCGUAUCGCACGGAGACGGAGGGGAAGCUACGGCAGGUCGAGGAACUGUCGGAACCGGACCAUCCGCGCGUGUUCCACGUCACGCAGUGCUCGGCGUGCCAGGGCGGGCUCGAUCUCCCCGCGGUGCACUUCAUGUGCAACCACAGCUAUCACCAACGGUGCGUGUCGCAGAAGGCAACAGGUGUACUACAAUGUGCGGUGGCGGGGAUGGAGAAUCGGGGAGACCUGGGGCAAAGGACGAUGCGGUACUGA